CGCAUGAGGUAUUGGGCGAAUGACAUCCCGCGUGAUAGAAGUUGGUCGCAUCUCUGGCAAAUCCAAGGACUUAACUGGUUGCUGAUUGACCUUGCGUCCCAUGAUACAGUUCUCGAACACCGGAGUGUAACUUAGGUCUAAGCGGUUUCCCGUUUCGUCGACGGCUGUGCACAGGACAUGGCACGGGUAUAACCUCUCCAGAUGAUCAAAAGCGGCACUCCUCGGAUCCGUAGUUUCCAGUCUAAUCGACAGCUAGCGAGGCGAGGGCGCCGUCAACCACCAAAUAGACUGGGGUUUCCUGGGGCCUCAGACCUUCGAGCUGACCCUCAUUUCGCGACGAAAUAAAGCAAUUUCACCUCCGCCGAGCUAUAGAGCUUCGGUGCACACUCCGUUUCUUGGUCGAUGACAAUGUGUGGGGACGUGGGUCUACAGGCAGGGCGGCCACAUGGCACGCAUCUUCCUCUGCCCCUGCACCACAUGGGAAGGGGGCCUCAUCCAGAAGCCGAGGAAGGUUGUUGGCCUCCUCCGAAUACGCUUCACCCUGUUUGAUCCGGGGAGGGCUAUUGCCACGAUACUACGUAGACCUAGGCAGCCAACGAGGUUGUCAACGGACCGGGCUACAAGUCGAAGUGCAACUGUGCGAUCCGUCGCCCCGAGGGUUGACAAGAGGUCAGAGAGGGUCUGGUCCACAAACCUCAAACUCGCCUGGAACGUCAUAGAUGCUAUGGCCAUCCUGCCGAAGACCUGGUGCAGCUGUCGCGAGUCUGGUAUUCUCGUUCAUGCCUUAUGCAUGGAUAUAUGCUCUUCAAAAGAGGGCAGCGCACCUUUGUCCCGUUCCGGUCCUGGCUCUCAUUUCUUGCCACUCGGCUUAUGUAGCCUGAACCCCUCCGUUUCGAAAGAUGCCAGGACUGGGAUGCUAAGGCUCAACCCUCCAUUUCUGUCUGACUCUAGCACCAUGGGUUGGCCUGCUGCAGGCAAAGGCGCCACGUUUGGGAGAGCGCAUUUAUCACCCGUCAUGGGGUCAAACGGAACUCAAAGAUCCGGGGAUAUCGAGGCCGAAACAGGUCGGGUCUCGUCUAUUUUCGCCAUGAGAGCUUGUGGCAUCUUGAAUCUCAGUGUGGAGACCGAUCGUACUAUUUGUGACAGAGAAUUAAUGUUGCCUUCCUUGUCACCAAAUCGGUGGUGAAACUAGUUCCAACCUGUGGUGUCCGACACUAGAGAUAUCAUGGGAUUCGGUGACAUGCUCGACCAAAACCUUUUAGGUCGGUUAGAAGGAGACUCGAUUC